AUGAAAUUCACCACCGCGACCUUCGCCGUUUUGGCGACUGCUGUCCUCGCCUCUCCUACAGAGAAGGGAUACAGCAUUCGUUCCGCUGAAGAGGUGAAAGACGGACUUCUGCCCCUUUCAGACAUGAUCUUUACUGGUCUCAUCACCUCAGGCGGCCCCAACGUGACCCUCUCCGGACCUGCUGAAUCCAUCUACAAACAGAUUCUCGCUCUGAACCCUGACUUUGACUCACUUGGUAGUGGUGUUGAUGAGCGAGGUCUGGAAGCCAGACAAGGCAACGUCAACUGCCAAACUGGAGCCGCUGUUGAGAGCUACUACUCCUCGUGUGCCGGUUCUAUCAGCCACUUGCUCGCUCUGGGUACAUCUUACUGCAGUGUUGCUGCGAGUACCUGCGCUAGAGUUGCGUGCUCAUCGCCGAACUGCAGCAUGUACCUAUGCAACAACCAAUUCUCCCAAGUCAGUGUGUACUGCCGAGACAUUGCCGCAGAUAUGGGCAUCAUCGUAUCCCGUUGCGGAACGGACAACGGCAAAGGUGAUACUCGAGCUAGAGGCAGCUUGGGCUUCACCAGCCAUUACACCUUGCUUUCGGCGCAGACUUGUUAA